AUGGUAACUUCUAGAUUAAAUAAAGACAUUAUUACUAUUCCUGAUGCAAAAAUUAGUGUAGAUUUAAAAAAAAGUAAACAUAAUACCCAAAUUUGCGGAACAAAAUCUCAACGAUUAGCUGCUAAAUCGCUUAUUAAGGAAAUACUUCAAAAGAUUCCUCCUCCUGAUAGAGGAUUUUCAAUCCUGGGGUUAGAUGAUGAUUUUGAUGUCAAAAAAUCCAAAUUUCGAUUUAUUAAAUUUAUGGGAGAUGAUACUAAUGAACAUUCACAAAAUAAGGAUUUAUAUUAUCUUGAAUUAAUAAAAGAAGAAAAAGAAGAAAAAAAAGAGAAGAUUAAAAUUUAUGAUAAUUUAGCCAAUCAAUUACGACAUGGACUCGAGUUACCAUCAUUAAAAAAUGUAGAUUUUACUACGAUGGAUAAAUUUAAUGAUUGUUUAGAAAUAAUUUCCGAACAAGUUUCUAAAGCGAAUCCUACAAAUUUUAAUCGAAAAGAAAUUCGAUUAAAUAUAUUUAUUGGACAAGAAUUAUUUAUUAAAUCUGAUAUUGUUAGACGAGAUAAAAUGAUUGAUUCAUAUGAUUGGUGUGGAUUUAAACGAGGGCGUGGAGGUAUUUCAACAUCAUUUCAACAUAAUUCACUACAAAUAAUUGAAAAUAUGGAAAUUAUUCAAAAGAAAUUUAGAUUAAAAGUACGUAAAGAAGACGAGAAUAUUGAAAAUGAUAAAAGAAGUAUUAGCGUAUUUUAUAAGGAUCAUAGAUCAAAAAAGGGAAAAUUGAAAUUGCAUUGGUUUGAAGAAGAAGGUUUAUGGAAAAUAACCAGAGUAGCGAAAGAUAUUCGACGUAAUGGAACAAAUAUGCCAGACUUGAGAUUCUUAUUGAAGACUCAAUAUGAUGUUCCAAUUGAUGGUGAUUUAAAAAAACUUAUUAGGAAUAUACAAAAGAAUAAACCUUUGGUUUUAAGAGAUGGUUUGUGGUUCAGAAUGGAAGAUUUUAAAGAUAAUGAAUUGGAUAAUUUUAAAUGUACUGGAAUUAGACAGAGAUUUAAGAAAAAAGUAUAUUUAAAUAAAAAAUUUCAAGUCUCGGUGGUCGCUACUAGACAAGAGAAAGAUUUACAUAAACGAAUUGCAGUUGAAGAAUAUAUUUCCGUAAAAAGUCUAGAUUGGCGAGCUGUUGAAAAUAUUGAUAAAAAACCUUCUUUACAUUUCGAUGAAGAAGAAAUUCAUAAAACUGUUAAAAAUACUAUUAAUUUUGCUAUAAAAAAACGGCAACAAGACAAGAACAGAGAUUGUGAGAGAAAUAGCAACAAGACAAGAAUAGCAAUCACAAGAGGAACAAGGACAUUAG